AUGAGAGUUCUGGGACAGUUGUCCUUGCCCUUAGCCUCUGCAGUGGACAGAACUAGAAAAGUUUUUCAGAAAAGGAAAAGUGAAUCCGAAUUCAGUCUAAAAGAAUUCCUGCCCAAAGAAUACAUCAAGCAGAGAGGAGCUGAAAAGAGAAUAUUUCAGGAGCACAAGAACUGUGGGGAGAUGAGCGAAAUAGAAGCCAAAGUCAAGUAUGUCAAAUUGGCCCGGUCCCUUCGGACAUAUGGAGUGUCCUUCUUCCUGGUGAAGGAAAAGAUGAAAGGCAAGAACAAGCUGGUGCCUCGCCUGCUGGGGAUCACCAAAGACUCAGUGAUGCGCGUGGAUGAAAAGACCAAGGAAGUGUUGCAGGAGUGGCCACUGACCACAGUCAAGCGCUGGGCAGCCUCACCCAAGAGCUUCACACUGGAUUUUGGCGAGUAUCAGGAAAGCUACUACUCCGUACAGACCACUGAAGGAGAGCAAAUAUCCCAACUGAUUGCAGGCUACAUUGACAUCAUCCUCAAAAAGAAACAAAGUAAAGACAGAUUUGGACUGGAGGGUGAUGAGGAGUCAACUAUGUUAGAAGAGUCCGUUUCCCCUAAAAAGUCCACCAUCUUGCAGCAGCAGUUCAAUCGCACCGGGAAGGUGGAGCAUGGUUCGGUGGCGCUGCCUGCUGUGAUGCGCUCCGGCUCCAGAAAACAUCCUCUGUGA